AUUUGGUUCGAGACAAUAGGAAAAGCCAAGUUACAGAUCUGAUCUAGUCGUGUUCAAUUCCAUGGGUGACCAUCCGUCCAACUUCGUGAAUUACGACAUGCCGGACAGCUGGUAUCCUAAGAACAUGGUGCCUGUAAACCCCCAUUGUUUCCACAGCCCGGACAGAGCCCGGACACCGUCACCGAGCACAUUCUUCUCAGGGAACUAUCCGAAUGCAGGUAUCUACCAGAAGAUCUACAAAGGCUUGAAGAUGGGGGAAAACCCUUGGGUGAAAACUGAGACGACAGUCCCUCCAAUGACUGAUGAUGGGAUUACAGUCAUUGAGGGCAGUCCAGUCAACCAGACAUCGACUAUGGGAACCGUGGCCAAGGAUGAUGGGAAUGAAUCGAAUGUGAUUACCAUCAAUGACAGCCCUCCCGUCGCGACUACUAUCACUCAGAAUGACAGUGACGCUGGUGAUUUCGUGGUGAAGGGGGAUGAUGGGAAUGAUGAUUCGAAAUUCAAAACACCGGACAGGAAACCAAGCAUCCCAUUCAAUAGCCCCAAAGGUGAAGAUCUUGAUCAUUCAAUCAAUACAACUAUGGCUACCAAAGGCGACAAAAGCAGUGAUGGAGCGAAGACUAAUAAUUCAUCAAUGUCCUUGGCCUACAGCUCAAACACGAGCUGCAGUACCGGUUCAGAGGGUUUGCCAUUGGGCCAAAGUGGUGUCAAGAAGGCAAGUCAAGAUGAUGAUCUUUUGACCCCUGAAAAGUCCAUUGAUUGGAAAAAGGCUGUUGAUUUUUCUGUUCCUACUGGUCAUCAGAAUCAGUAUGGCAGUCAGCGUACCAAGAUGACUAAAAAUAAGUCACGCUCCCAUCCAUUUUUCAAAUGACUACCAGUGAUUUGUCAGUUAAUCUGACUUCAAUUGGUGCUGCAUCAUGCAUGGUGCAUGCACUCGAGACUCCGGAGACAGAGACAGAGACGCAGCAUGGACAUCAAAA